UAGGUAUUUUUGGCUCAACGGUACACGGCCGCAGUGUUUGUCGCAAAAUUCAGGUCUCAAAAUCGAUUUUUUAAAACAAAACCUCACAAAUACUCCAUUCUAGAACCGAACUGAUAAAAAAAAUGGAUGCUUUGCAAGAUGAGGUGGAGUCGCUGGAGGCAAUUCUCAUGGAGGAUGUUAUCAUUAAACGAACACCCAGCGGCGAGGUAGACUUUAUUGAGACUACGGUGCUGCCACUGACGGGCGAGGAGGAGGAACAGCAGUACGUGUGCGUAACACUGCAAGUGUAUCCACCGCAAGGAUAUCCCGAUGUCAGUCCUUUAUUUAAGCUGCUAAAACCAAGGGGACUCGACGACUCCAGGCUAGAGUCCAUCAGGAGCGCCUGCAAUGCCAAGAUUAAAGAAUCUCUUGGCUUCCCAGUCGUUUUCGACCUUAUUGAAGUAGUGCGGGAGCACCUGACUGGCAGCAACCUACCCUGCGGGCAGUGCGUGAUCUGCCUUUAUGGCUUCGCCGAGGGCGACGAGUUCACCCGCACCGAGUGCUUCCACUACUUACACAGCUACUGCCUGGCCCGGCAUCUCAACGCCAUGCGUCGCAAUUACCAGGAGGAAUUCGAUAAGCUCCCAGCUUGGCAGCAAAAGACCGCUGAUGCCUUCCAGGCUCUGUGUCCCGUCUGCCGUGAACACAUCGGUGAUGAUACCGAUAGCCUGAAGUGCGCCAUGCCACCUUCAGAGCUGACAAAUGCUCCGGACUUUAAAGUAACCCAGGAACUCCGGCAGAUGCAGCAGCGGAUGUCACAGCUCUAUCUCCAGCAAAAGAGUCGCGGAGCCAUCAUUGAUGUGAAGGCCGAAGGAGCGGCCGUUAUUUCCAUUGAAACCGAAGAAGAUAUUCGUCGGCGCCAGCGUCGCGAGGAGGCAGAGGCUGCUAAGAAGUUGGAGGGCCCGGCUAAGGAGGAGCCCCCCAAAGCAACGACAAGCUCCACAUUUGCGCCCGUGGUGCAGGAGACGCAACGCAUUGCUCCGGAACCGACCAACAACAACUACCACCAUAAUAGGCGGCAUUACAGAGGUGGCCGGCGGCAUCAUCAUCACCACGGCCACCAUCAUCGUGCUGAACGCGAUCGUGAACAAAAUGCGAGCGUAGCAACAGGAUCGGCCAGCGGCGGUGGCUCCUCAUCGAAUACAGGCAGCGGCAAGCAGACAAAGGCCCAGUCUGCCAGCUCCGGGCUUGCCAGGUGACGAUGGCUUCCAGAAGAGAUGGGGAUCCGGAUACCCAUUGCAUUGCCAUGCUGCUAAUACACAAUGAAGCACCAUCCCAAACGGCCCAGGUUUAGUUUUAUGAGGCGGACUCGUUUCUGUGAAUUCCUACUUUCUCAUUGAUAUGUAUUUAUUUUAGUUAGCUUUAGCGAGCCGGGUUAGCUAAUUUUCGACGAACGAUGAUAUUUAGUUGUACAUUAACUAUUGUAUAAUGAUAUUUGUAAUGGUUUACAAAAGACUUGCGGCACCAUGCCGAGACGAUAUUACGGUUACGAUGAUGGUUUAGGGCUAUAGGGCAUUUAAUAGCUAGCAGUUAGCAGCAUGUAUUUAGCAGCACCCAAUGGCAGCGCUGGCGUUGACGAGACCACACCAUGGUACACUGGUGAUCGGCGGAGAUCACGACGAAGACGAAGACAACUACGAUGAUAUUGAUAUCCAAUUACGCAUAAUCUGAAAACUGCACUUCAAACUAUAGCAUAAAUAUUUCUCUCUCUCUAUGGACAGCCUGUAGCACAAAAGACAAGUAAGAGUGACAAGCUUGAAAACGAAAUAGUUGGAAUAUCCAAAGUGAAAAGAAUCGAAGAUGGAGCGCCAUUUCUAGUCAGUGAGUGGAUAGAUGGCAAUUGCUGAAGACGGAGGACCCGAUACAGGGGAUUUGCAUUAGCAUGCAUGCACACAUAUUUAAAUAUCACAAUUAAUUGAGUGUUUUGUGUAGAAACCCGAAUAGUGAUUCCUAAUGGAUCGACCAUGGUAUUAUAUAAACAAUUCAAUUUCAAUGUGUCAAAUCAAUACUACGAUUGAGAACUAUACCGAAUAAAUCAAAUUUCGAAAUCAA